AUGAGCGAGGUGGUGGAUAUGGUUCGGCGGCUCAAGGAGCCGAGCACCGUCGACAAGUUUGUCAACGCCUACACCCUCAAGGUUCAGAAUGUUGCUGAGUCGAAGAACAAGCUGUUUGCGGCCAUCUCACAGGCCUUUUGUGAUCCGGCUUGGUACACGGACACGGGUACCUUCAGCUGGCGCGGGAAGGCCAUCUUGAAGCUGUUGGAAUGCAGUGCCAAGGACAAUGACAGCAUACCCAUCCCAUCGCCGCUGUCAUGGCUGCCAAAAUCCGACAAACUGAAUCUGGCACUGCUGCCUCUUCACGCUUACGGAUCAAAGCUUUUGGGUCCUGUGGAAGACGCGUGGGUGCGAGAUAUCAUCAAGCACUUGUCGUCGCAACCGCAUGCGUCUGUGCUGCUGUGGCCGUCGAUGCUCGGGGCGCUCGCUCGACUCCUCGCUGCAAAUGGCUGCAAAGUCAUCAAGGACGCAAAGGAUGCGACUGCCCAGUCGACUGCCGUGCACGUUGCGCAUCUGCUCACUCGGGCACAGCUCCCACAACACGGCGACCCAACCCACGACGACGCGGUGGCGAUGGAGGAUCUUGGUGCUGUGUUCGCUGUUCUCUGGCUGAAGCCGCACUCCGACGCCAUGCGCGUCUUCCUCCUCCACAUGUGCAACACGCUGGUGGAGAAGCGUGCGCAGACCGACCUGCGGGGCAGCCCUGUCAUCCUGAAGCAGGCAACGCGUGCACAGGUCAAGCCGUUUGUGCUCCAGAUGCUUGCCCAGUUUCCAAAGAACACGGACAGGCUCCACAUCGUUCAGGGCAUGCUGCCGUGGCUCCAGUGGCCGGCUGUUGUGGAGACCUCAAUCAAGCCGCCGCAGCAGCAGCAGACAAAGGGCGUGGGCGUUCCUUUGUGGAUCAGCGAAAUCUUGGCGCAGCUCGGCAAACUCAAGACAACCAGCCCAACGGACAUGCAAUGGCUCGCCCGAACUUAUGGACAGCGAAUUCUCGACUCGUGCUCGCACGCGGACCGCGCAGCCGCAAACUUCAACGUCUUUCGCGUUUUGUUUCUUGGUGUGGACGGCAUUGACAACGAAGUGGAGGACGUGAUACCGUCGCUCAAGUCCAUCGUCGAAACCAACGAGAACAGCAGUGCGUUCACAUCGCCUGCUCGCUUGCAACCAACGCAACGCAUGCACAAGCUGAUCACACACAUGUGA